GCGAUCACCUUAGCGACAGCGCGGGGCCGAGAAGCCGAUGAUCAAUCAUCCCACCUAGGCUCCACCUUGCCCUUGGACAGUUUUUGAUCACUAUUGUCUCGACCGUGCGCUCUGUCGCGCACUUUUCUUCGCUACCGUACUUCCCUUCCUUCCUCCAUACCCUCGCCUCAACUGCGGCGCGAUCAGCCGUACCCAUCACCUCAUCGCUGUUGAAGGCACUCCUCCGCGAGUAUACGCAAAUCCGCAUCCGAAGGACGGACGAAGGAAGCCCGCGGGAAUUCUAGAUUAUCCCCUCAUCCGGCGUCGCACAAUACCACUCCCGCUUCUCCCCUCCGCCUCGGACGCGCACACCAGCUUCCCUCUCUCACCCAGAUUCUCACCUCUGCUUCACUACCUUGGCUGACAUGGGCGGCUGCCUCUCGUCCCCUGUUCCUGGCGGCAUAGAAGUGACGGACCGCGAGCGCGCACUGCACCGGGCAGCGGAGAAGCAAAUGAAGGAAGCCAAGGCGCGGAUGGAGGCGCAGGUAAAGGUCCUUCUCCUCGGGUCUGGCGAUAGCGGCAAAUCGACCAUCUUGAAGCAAAUGCGGCUGAUUCACAAGGUUCCAUUCUCACCCCAGGAGAAAGAACACUUUCGGCAAUUGGUCUUCGACAAUCUCACCCGUGGCCUCAAGUAUCUUCUCGACGCGUUACCGGACAUGGAUCUCGAGCUCCCUGCAGUGUAUACGGAUGUCGACGAAGAAGGCUUCGUGCGUGGGUGGGCCCCACGGCGGAAUAGUACAGAGAAGCAGGACGGAGAUGCCGAUCCAGACGAGGAGGGCGUCCUACCUACGCAGCUGGCAGAAGAUAUUGCUUUGGUCGAGAGUGCUGAAGAUUUGGGGGAUGGGGAGGUCUUCCCUUCUCGGUUCUACGGGGCGUUGUCAAGACUAUGGGGUGAAGAGGUCGUGCGAACGGGUUGGAAGCGUGGAAACGAGGCCGCCGUGCCCGAGAACUUGUACUACUAUUUCUCUCACCUCGACCGACUCUUUGAUCCCAAUUACCUCCCCAACGAACAAGAUAUUGUGCGUGCACGAGCGAGGACGAUCGGGAUCACAGAGACGACGUUCUCACUGAGAGAUCACGAGAUGCUCAUGGUCGAUGUCGGCGGCCAGAAGUCUGAGCGCCGAAAGUGGAUACACUGCUUCCAGGACGUUACCUCCAUUCUGUUUCUUGUCAGCUUGAGCGGAUAUGACCAGUGUCUGAUAGAGGACCGGGAUGCCAACCAAAUGCAAGAUGCCAUGACGAUUUGGGACUCGAUAUGCCACUCGCAGUGGUUCAAGCAAACAUCCAUCAUCUUGUUCCUCAACAAGGACGACCUGUUUGAGAGAAAGAUCCAAACUUCCGACAUCAAGACAUAUUUCCCGGACUUCGAUGGUAGGCCCGGCGACGCCAGUCAAGGGCGAGACUAUUUCAAGAAGCGCUUCGGGCGAUUAGCUCAGAAGGCUGGCCGUGCUAAGGAGCGGGAAGUAUACAUGCACGUGACGACAGCGACAGAUACGGAGUUGCUAAGAGUGGUGAUGGCUGCAGUUGAAGGUGCAGUGAGUGUUUCCGAUUCUAUGUCCACCUCCGCCCCUGCUCCGUUUUCUCUCGACUUCUGGCUGCAUCCUUGUAUGCUCAAUAUCACACUGCAGCAUCGUCCUGCGAUCAAACCUCGCUGGAGCCGCGUUGAUCUGAGGCCUCCAUGGCCCGAGCGCGAGAAUUGGAGCGGUCGCUCAUUGCCGCUGUUUCUGGAUAAUCCACGAGGAGAACCGCAUGACAGGAUCAUGAAAUACGAUCUGUGUGACACUUCAUCGCAGGCUGUGCCGCCUCCGUUGCGCUUAUCCUUGACCACGGCCACUCACGCACAUAUGGAUAUCGCCCCGAUCACUGACCGCCUCAAUGAAGACAUCUUAAUCUUAAUACUGAUUUUCUGCGAUGCCCAUGCCGUGCUCCAACUGUCAUCCGUCAACAAACUCUUCCACACCCUUGCUCGCUCGAAGCAAGUGUGGAUGACGCUUAACGCGGACAUCAUAGCGCGCAAUCUGACGGACGUCGUUCCGCCCUUGGCUCUUGAACAGCUCUCCGUUCCAGAGCUCAUCGCUGAGGCGCGCCGCGUUGCGCGUGGACCCUCAUCAUGGGCUGUAGGUUCAUCGCCUCAGGCUCGCUGUGUUCCUGCAAGAUCUAUAAGCCUCCCAUCGAUUUCUCUUGCCGAAGCCGAGCACACGCAGGUCCGACUUGUUCCAGGCGGCAACUAUGCGUUCCUGACCAGCGUACACGAGUUCCGAUGCAUCGAUGCACUCUCUGGUGAGGUCCUGUGGACAUGGAGCGGAGACUUGGUUUAUUACACGGAGAAGAUGGAGAUCGGUGGUAGGGUAAUUAAUCUGGUAAUAUUGUCGAGGGUGGACGAUAGAAGGACAGGCCUUGAGAUGUGGAGGCUGGACUUCUCUAGUUCCGUCUUGCAGCAGCAGAAGAUUCUCAACGUGGUGCUUGUGAUCGGACCCCGACAAUGCUCGUACCCUGUACUUCAUCAGGAUCUAAUCGGCGUCGCUUUCAACGACGCGGCCAAGGAAGCGAUCUUGGUCGUAAACUGGAGGCUUGCGUUGUGCGUAAUUAUCAAAACUCAGCCAUCAAGCUAUGCCCAAGACGUUAGUUUUGUUCCCAGACACAUGAUCUUGCUGAUGGCUUCUCCGGUCAAGCCACAUCACGCGACGCUCUUCAUCUUCUCCGUCGACGUUCUCGGUGGCCACUGGAGACCGUUCAAUCCUCUCUCCAGCGAAGAUAUCGCACUAGCUUCCAUGCCUAGUCUCGAGCUUGAUGUCGACCAGGCAGUCUGCCGCAAAACGCUUGUUACCCAUGAACAGAAGUACGACUUCGAUCAUGCUGAGCAGUUGCUGCUGCAUAUGCGAAUGAACCCCCUCCGCCAUAACGCCUACACGAUCUUGAUUUACGGCUCGUUGUCUAACAAUGCUGCCGAGUCACAUGCUGCAGUGUUCACGUUCUACGUGUCGGUCACGGAUGGGAUACUGAAAUAUCGAACGGCACCGGUCAAAACGGUUGCAAUGGUCGAGGAUCCGGCGUUGUCUUAUUCUUCAUACGCCCUGGACCCGGAGAGCGAAUGCCCGAGGCUGCUAGAUGUGUCCACUCUGGGCCGCGACGAUCUGGAUAUCGCAUCUUUCCGCCCAGGGGCUUUCCCGGAGCGGGUGAGCGAUGCGCGACUAUCGUCGUUCGGCGGGACGAUCACCAUUCUUCAUGGCCAGACUAUGUUCAUCGAAACAUUUGUGUAGCUCGAUCUGUCCGAGUGAGGAUGUCUCCAUUUUACGAUUUUUUACCUGGAAUAUUCAUCUCAGAACUUGAGCGGAAGAAUUCACGAGUCGUUACCCAGAAACUGACCUGAUGUUGCAUUUAAUUGACUCCUCCCGGUCCGAAAUCUCAGUCGUUUGUUCCUCGCAGGCAUGAAUUCCAUUCACUAGACUUUCAUUGGUUUCUGCAAUGCGAGUUUCUGCUCUUAGUAAUGAUAAUCGGCAUCACUAUCCGGCCGGAGUACAUUCACUCCCGGAAGCCGUAAUGUUUCCCCCCAAAUGAACAUUUCGUCUUCCUAUUGAGAGCAGUGCACAAUACAUACAGACAUUCUAGAGCAAUCAAGUGUUACAUCCGAUUCACCCCGCUUGGUCUAUCGAUCCAUCUUCCCCACCAUCCUGCGCGCUCCUCCGGAAUGCGCUACAGGACACCAAAUCUACUAAAUUUGGAGGUGCCAGAACGCACUUUGCCUCCCUCAUCCUCAAUGAAAGGCUAACUGCAUCUUUCUUCGGCUGGGAUGUGUGUUG